UCCGUCGAGCUUCACAGUUAUUAUUAAACGCUAGUUUCUGUGUCAUGACUUUAGCCCCGAGUUGCGUUUUCAAACUCCAAAAUGCGGCGUUACAUUCGUGCACUAAUGCUGUGCACGGUGUUUGCCGUGUUUUCGGGCUUGUACGUGUACAGUAAACUGCUCUACCCAGACGUGUCGGUCGGUGGGAACGGACCGAAGAGGGGCUUCAUCCCACCGAGAGUCCCCGGAGGCAGGCGAGGGGCCGCGGACAAAACUGGGCCCCAAAGCCCACACUGGUACAAUAGGUACAUCAUGCGCCAGCGAGGCCAGAUGGAGGCAGGUGGUGGCAGCGCCCAGAGCAGACCUGAACCUCCCAUGCACCUGGCUGUGGUGGCCUGUGGGGAGAGGCUGGAGGAGACUCUCACCAUGAUCAAGUCUGCUGUGCUUUUUAGCGUCAAGCACCUCCACCUGCACAUCCUCGCUGAAGAUCAGUUACACGCCAGCUUCAUGGAAGCCCUGGAGUCGUGGCCUGAUUUUAUCCGCUCCAGGUUCAACUACACAGUCUACUCCAUCAGUUUCCCCAGUGAGAACGCAGCUGAGUGGAAGAAACUCUUCAAGCCCUGCGCUUCUCAGAGGCUCUUCUUACCUCUGAUCCUAAAGGACGUCGACUCGAUCGUGUAUGUCGACUCAGACAUCCUCUUCCUGCAGCCUGUAGACCGCCUGUGGGCGUUCCUGUCCCAGUUUAAUUCCUCCCAGCUGGCUGCCAUGGCACCGGAGCACGAGGAGCCCCGUAUCGCUUGGUACAACCGCUUUGCCCGCCACCCCUUCUAUGGCAGGACGGGCAUCAACUCGGGGGUCAUGCUCAUGAACAUGACGAGGAUGAGAAACAUGUUCUUCAAGAAUGACAUGACAGCUGUGGGGCUGCGUUGGGAGGAGCUGCUGAUGCCUCUACUUCAAAAAUACAAACUCAACAUAACCUGGGGAGACCAGGACCUUCUCAAUAUUAUUUUCCAUCACAACCCUGAGUGCUUGCUGGAGUUUCCGUGCCAGUGGAAUUAUCGUCCAGAUCAUUGUAUCUAUGGCAGUAACUGUGCGUCAGCUGAAGAGGACGGCAUCUACAUACUGCAUGGAAACAGAGGAGUUUACCACGACCACAAACAACCUGCCUUCAGGGCUGUAUACGAGGCCAUACGGAAGUACUCCUUUGGCGCCGACCCAGUGACUUCUUUAUUGGAUCCACUCGAAGAGGAGCUGUUGAAGACGACGCACACGUACUGUGGUAAAUCCCACACACUCCUCACCAAGAAACUGGCACACAGCCUGGCAAACGUCAACAGGAAGGCCCCACGUGGACGGUGACAAAACCAAAUCACAAUAAUGGGAUGGGGGCCAAGGAGAAGCUUUGACUUAAGCCUCAUAAGCUUGGUCAGAAAGACUCGAUUGUGAUUGGCUGUACAAACUUCUUGUCCUUGAGCAAGAAACUAGACGGCUUACUUGGACUCUUGCAAGCUCCACGCUGCUUUGAACAACAAGGGUUUUUGACUGAUAUACAAAAAAUGGAACCACUACAGCUCUGUAAACAUGUUUUACUUGGUUCAGUAACAGUGAACCUGAGUUGUCCAAAAUGCAUCUGUGGAUAAAUGAGUGGAGCUUUUAGAUUGUUUUAGUGAACAGCUGCUCCAUAAACAGUUGGAUUGUCUCAAACUGAGACUGCUCUCCUUUUGUAAGUUGCUCUGCAUAAGAGCGUGAUGUAAAAGUCUUUAUGAAAACUUUAUGAAAGGCAGUCAGCCUUGUAGUGUCGGUGGACACAUGGAUUUUUUUUCUCCCAGGUGUUUCCAUUAUAGACUCUCACAACAUUUUAUAUUUUACUGAGAACUGAUGUUUUCUUUUUGUCUUUAAAGCAUCUACUCUCUUCCACGUACUAACUUUCUCCUUUCAGUGCCUUUGGUUACUGUCUUAAGGUGAAUAAUCCUCAUGGUGCAAAAGAUGUGUAAAAAGUUCGGAAGAGGAGCUCUUGACUUUCCAUAUUGGAGAAUUUAUUGAACCAUGUGAAACACUCUUAUUGAAAGAGACAAAAGAAUCAUACAAGAACUAGACAAAGGCUUUCAGCAGGGCCUGGUUUUAAAGAUGCAUGCACUGGUCCACUUUUUCAUCCUUCAGAAACCACUUCAGUACCGGCGAAAUGGAAGAGAAGUUGUUUCAGAGAACAUGCAUGGAAUAAUAAUUUCUGAGUUUGUACAGUGAUUAUGUAAUAGUAUGUGAUUUUGCAGUGGCAGGGGCUGAGCAUAUGGGAACCUCUAUCAGAGUACUGCUGUCCUGAAGUUUUGUCCAUAGAAAUAGAAUGAGAGAGUAGAACUGAUGUUCACUUAAAAUCAACAUAGCAGGAUGAUCAGAGGGGCAGCCAUUUUUACGUGUACCAUUGCUAUUGCAGCUUUUGUAGCAGGCUUACUUUUGCAUCUUCAAACCGACUUAGGAUGAGUCACAAAUCCACUGAGGUGUAGUUUUGCAGUAACGACCAAACGAGCAGUGAAGUAGAAUGUUUUGAAAAAAGUAACCUGUUACUUGUAGCUGCCUCACUCGGUGAAUUAAGGGCUUAUUUCAUUCAAACCACAUAGCUGGUGAUUGUUGGGACAGUGGACUAAAGCCCUGUUUCUACUCAACACUUUCAGUAUGGUACCUUAGGAACCAACAGUAACCCUUCAGACAUGGUACCUAGACCCUAGUGUUUCCACCGCAAACAGUACUCUUAAAUGUGGGUGGGGUUGUUGUCACUCACUGCUCCGUCCAGCGCUCACUGUAUUUCCUCAUUACCAGUGACACAGAUGGAAGUCUGCACCUAGUUUAUCGUCCACAGAACGAAGCUGCACGCUGAUAUUUUCAGAACAAAAUAGAACAGGCUGCAGUGAGAGUCUCUCUCUAUGGGAUAUUUAAAAAUAACGGAUUUGUGCAUUUAGUCCUUCUCAGGCAAGCUCAGAUGUUUAGUGUUGCCGUAGCCCACAGGAACAACACUCCACAAUGCUUUUUUGCCCCCUGCCGCGUGAGGAUUAGAAUAUAUGCUGUCACAUAACCUGGUUGAAAUUAAUAUAUAUAAACGCUUGAAGAUCCGCUCAUUACUAAAAGUGUAUGUAAUAUACAUAAAAUAAAGUAAUGGUCAAAGUUGUCACAGUGAAAUUUAAGGUGUGUCGAUGGAUUCACGUCGUCACCUCAUGCACUGAGUAACAUAACAAGUUAAUGCUCCACCUUAAAAGUUGCCAGCAGUCGGCCCAUUGAAUUAAGUUAUUUUUCUCCGACAGUGGUUACGUGAGCUUCAAAACCAGCCACAUUUCAGCCCUGAGCAGAGUGACUGUCCGCUAUUGACCAAUCAACAGACUGCAGUGUUCACAG